UCGUUUACAUGUAGGAGGUAGGCAACUUCUUUGCAAAUGCGAGCUUGGACUGCUGCUGAGUAGAUCUACGAGUGUUAUCUGCGCCAGGUUAGUUGGCGUCCGUGCUGGCGACAUCUUCUCUCCAAAACAUUCCACUGUCGCUGCAGUCAACAGCUUGUCCGUAAACACCGUUUUCGCCGCUUUUCUUCCCUACAAAACCACCUGAGGAGAACCUGUUGGAACUCAUUUCUUCAAUCUGCUGUUUGUGGGCCGCUUCAGACUUUUAACCGCUGUCUUGUCGUCCCCUGUGCACUCCGCUGUAGGGUGUAGUUGCUAGUGAAGCUGAAAGGUUUCGUGCAGUUUUUGGUCGGGUUCUUGCAAAGCCGGUGCAAAGUCCAGAAUGCCUCAACUCGACAUAGGGCAAGAUGAGGCAAACGAGCAUUUGGCUCUGCUGCGCAAGCUGCACAGCCGCAUGGUGGCGGCUAAUGAUACCAAUGGAGAAGCUGAGAUCAUGGAGCUCAUUGACGUGUUCAAGUCGGCCACCCUGAAGGAGCUUACCGUCCCGUCCAAGAUACAGGAACGAAACGAGUCCCCCGCGCCGGAGAUACAACAGCUCUUUGAUGUUGUGGAGCCCGAGUAUCCGGACGAUUUUGACACGACGGUGGCGUCGGAAGCGGACGGCAGUGAGGUGUAUCGUGUUCGUCUGGACAAGGGACCCGAACAUCCCCUGGGCUUUGGCCUGGCAGCAACGCAAGGUGGUGUGCUAGUGAAGGAUGUCUUCCCCGGUACUAGUGAUGCGCUAGAGGGCAACCUUGUGGCUGGCGAUCGCGUGGUGGCAGUGGGUACGACUGUCGUCGGCAAGGGUCCUGACGCGCACAAGGACGCGGUGGCAGCGCUGCAGGGAUCCACUGGAGUCAUUGAUCUGUGGAUGGCGAGACGACCGCCAUCUGUUGCCGACUCUCCGCUCUCUGAGGGUGGCUAUUGGCGGCACCUCGAGUCAGUUAGUCUGUCUCGCGCCAAUGCAAGUGACGACUUGGGCUUCACCAUCCGGCCCGGCCCUGAUCCCAACGAUGUUAUUGUAGCGAGUAUUGCUCCUGGUGGACUGGCGUAUCAGGAUGGUCGUAUUCAGGUUGAUGAUCGUAUUCUUGAGAUCAAUAAGAAGACCGUAACCAAGAUGUCGUUUCAUCAAGUGCAGCAGCUGUUGAAUGAUUCUGGAACGGAUGUCAACGUGAAGAUUGCUCGUCUUGUCACUGGCCAGGAUCCUAUGGCUGAGCUGAUGAGAAAGGAGGCCGAUGGCGAGGUGACAUCUGAGAUCAUCACGGUAGAACUGGAGAAGGGUACCACUGGUCUGGGACUGACCAUUGCCGCUUAUGUAGGCACUGGAGACGUACAGGGUAUAUUUGUGAAGCAUGUCAUUCCGGGAUCGUCAGCAGCGGAUUGUGACGUUCACCCGCUCGAUCAGAUUGUUGAGGUGGAUGGCCAGUCCUUGGUGGAUAAGUCGAAUGGUCAGUCCCUGAAGCUGUUGAAGGCAACGCAGAGGAAAACCCUGUUGAAGCUGAAGAGACGGCUCCGCAUCCCAGCUGGUUUGCAUCCAGUACGUGAAAGCCCCAGUGACGAAGAGCUUAUUGCGAAAUGGCAGCCUCGCAUUUUGCCCUGGGAGAAGGUUCUGGUUGUGAGGCUGGAGAAGGACCCCGACACUGGCGGUCUUGGCAUGGGUAUUGAAGGCCGCGGCGAGGGAGAGAACAGUCAGCGCACACACGUAGUAUGUAUGAUCAACCCCGAAGGUGCUGUAGCACGCAGCGGGCUCUUACAAGAUGGCGACCGUCUGCUUGAGACUGGUUGCAAUGACCUGACCGCCUGCGAUCAUGAUCAAGCCGUUGACUUUUUACGCCAGGCGCCGCCGAAAUUCCGUCUUGUCAUUGCACGGCCGGAGAAAGAAGCAACUGGCUCUGAGGUAGCCACAGUGGCUGCAGCAGCAGCAGUGGCAGCUGCAGCCACGCCAACACCCACCCCCGAAGCAGCAAGUUCGAACAAGAAGGUGCGCUCUCCAGUGCAGGCGUGGCACGAGCCGCGUGAUGUCACCUUGACUAAGGACGAGACUGGAAGGCUGGGAUUCAGUAUUCUCGACUAUAUGCACCCGGACAAUGAGGAUGAGCUGAUUGUGUUGAUCCGAGCUGUUGUCCCUAAGUCUGUCGCCUAUGGUGUGUUGAGAGAGAAUCAGAAGUUGUUGCAUGUCAACGGCAAGGACUUGAAGGGAAUGUCACUGGACCAGGCGCUGCCCAUUCUCAAAGACCAGCCGCAGGGUAAAGUGUACCUUCGCAUUGCCGAUCCGGUGGAAACGCAGUCUGAAUCAUCCAGCACGGUGGAGACAACUGAUUCACAGACCAUCAGUGUACCGGUCGACUAUGCUGAUAUGGAGCUAGGCCUGGAUGUUGAUGUGGAGCGUGGUAGGGACGGUGUGUUGGUGAAGGCCGUGCUGAGGAAUGGUAUGAUUGCCAAGGAUGGACGCUUGGCCGUUGGUGACCGCUUGGUGGCCGUCAACCAUGUCAAGCUGGAGCACACCUCUCCCAGCCUUGCCAGGGCUGCCCUUCGCAAUGCAAGUCGCAGUGAGUCACACAUGCUCGUGACGUUUGUUCCAGGACCCCGUCAUGGCAUUGCAGUAGGGGAUGUGUCAUCAUCCGGUGAGGGUGCCGCAGCCAUUGCAGCCACAGGCGUCGCCGCCUCUGCUGCUAGCAAAGGUGGCCUGUCAGCAAGCAGCAGCAAGUCCAACACGAGCAGCCCGCGACUGCCGCGUCUGAGUGUGUACAGCGAUCCAAUCACGGUGGAAGUGCCGCGCAUGCCGUCCGGAGGUCUCGGCAUCAGCAUCGUCGGUGGCAACACCGAGAUUGAAGACGAGGACGGCACCAUGACACGCGUCAAGGGCAUAUUCAUCAAGCAUGUACUGCCCGACAGUCCUGCCGGUGCCUCGUCCCAACUGAAGUCUGGGGACCGCCUGCUGAAGGUUGGCGAGGUCAGUCUGGAGAAUGCUUCGCACCAGGAGGCGGUGGAAGCUAUUCGUGCGGCCAGCAAUCCUGUCACUCUGGUGCUGCAAACCCUUCCGGCCACCGUGAGGGAGUCCCGCAAGGAACGUUUGAAACGAGAGGAACAGGAGCGGCUGGACGCUGCCAAUCAGGAUGCCAAUUCUGAACAAACAGCGACAUUGGCUGCUGCUCAGGAGAAGUACAAGGAGACGUUUCCCGGCUAUGAGUUCAAACUCGUCGAGCUCUUGAAGGGCGAUCAAGGACUUGGGUUGGGAUUAGCGUCUGAAGGAGGCAAUAUCGUUGUUGGUGACAUCCGUGAGGGCAGCAAUGCUGUAGGAAAGCUGGAGAUCAAUGAUGUUCUUGUGGACGUGAAUGGAACGGAGACGCUGCAUCUGUCGCAUGCUCAGUUGUCUGAGUUCAUGAGAAAUGCUCCAGCCAAGAUGGUUACCAUCAUUGCCAGGAAGCCCAAGCCUGUCACACCAUCUGCAUCCCCGGCCAUCAACCGUGCGCCUGUAGCCAAGCUGAAGCUGACCACAGACGAGCUGAGAGAAGUGACACUGGUCAAGCCUGCUUCAGGUAGCCUGGGCAUGGCGAUCAGUAAGCACAGGACAGACGAGAAGAUCUUGUUCAUCAAAUCCAUCACCGCGGGCUCAGUGACAUCACAGAAUGCGCGUAUUCGACGUGGUGAUCAUGUCCUGGAGAUUAAUGGCCAAUCAACACUAGAGCUGACAUACGCACAGGCCAUCGGUUUGCUGAAGGAGGCAAAGGGUGAAGUGAAGCUUGUGCUGGGUACGUUGCCACCUGGCCUUCUUCUAUCACCACCCACAUCUCCAGCACCAUCAAGCUCAAGUGGACCCAGUAUGGAAGAGCUACAAACGAUUGAGUUGGUCAAGCCGACCGGCAGAGGCCUCGGUAUCAGUAUUGUGGAGCGAGCCAAUCCGACGGUGGAGGGCAAACGGGCUAUUUUCGUGGCUGAUGUGGUGAUGGACGGUGUGGCAUACAAAGAUGGCCGCUUGAAGGCGGGCAGUCGCAUCAUGUCAGUGAACGGUGUGGACAUGUCUGAAGCUGUCCAGUCCCAAGCGGUAACAGCGAUGAAGUCUGCUCAGGGCACAGUGGUUCUUGUCGUACAGCCAUCCAGCGGUAGUGCAGCAGUCAGUGCCGCAACAUCACCCGUUAAACCAACACCUGCUGCUGCUGAAUCUGCAGCCAAGAAACCACCACCAAUGGGUGCACUCCGCAGUCUAACUCUGGACCAGACGCAGCGAGAAGGUGUUGAGAGGGAAGAGGGGGACGAGCCCCGUCGUGUGGUGAUCCAGCGCAAAGCCGGACAGAGUCUUGGCAUGAGCAUUGCCGGUGGUGUGGGCAGUGCUGCUGGUGACGUUCCUAUCUUCAUUGCCGGUGUACAGCCAGAGGGACCAGCAGCUGCCACCAAGAAUAUCCAGGUCGGCGAUCGUGUACUGGAGGUGAACAACGAGAAAGUGCUGGCCAUGACGCGCGAGCAAGUGGUCAACUUGCUGCGUGCCUCUGCUGAGGAGGUUGUCAUGCUAGUAGUGCGAGACACCAGCCUGACCACCAUUGACCCAGGCAAGACAUCCCAAAAGAUUGCACAGCAGGACAGGCGAGAAAGUGAGUUUCGCACGGUGACGCUGCUGAAAUCCGAUGCAGGCUACGGUUUCAGCAUAGUGGGUGGUCGUGACGAGGGCGGCACCGAUUUCCCAAUCUACAUCAAGGAAGUGGUCAGUGGUGGUGCAGCCGAUACUAACGGACAGCUGCACCGCGGAGAUCAACUGGUCGCCAUCAAUAGCCACAACCUAGAAGGCAAGAGCUGCAAGGAAACGUCGCUUCUCAUCGUCGAGAGCAUCAAGGAAGAGCUCACGCUGACAGUCCUGUCAUGAGCAGUCUUUUUAGGUGUUUACAGCACCGAGCUCAUUCACACGCAACAGGUAGCCGUUUGUUUUCUCAACUGUAUUGUAGCUAGCAACACAGAGCAGCAAUGCAGCUAGCAUACACAUACACAUUAGUUUUUGAUACGAAUUGCCAGAGUAAACAAAGCACUAGUUAGUUAGUAAAAGCGUGGCAUUGGUCGAUGUGAUUAUCACCAUGCAGCAGCAGGACAGCAACGAAACGAAACACGACAUUGGAUAAUAGGCACUGUGAUAGUACAUGCAUACUCACUACAUUGGACGAUAGCACCUUGCGUGCUAGUAAUAUGUUAUGGCUGUGUAAGCGGAUUAUUUUUGUUGACGUUGUUAGUACAUGUAGGAUGAGGAUCAUUUCCAGUAUGAUAAAAUUUAAUGAUGAUGAUGGUGAUUCGUUGGCUCUUUUUCCCCCUAUUUUGGUUUCUAUGAUGAUGAUGAUGAUGCUUAAAAUCAGGUAUGAUACAGAGUCGCAGUGAUUUUGCUGGUUAGAGUUUUA